AUGGCUAGGUUGGUCAGGUUGCAGAAUGAGAUUGAACGAAUUAAAGAAGAAUAUUUCACCAGAAACAGGAUAGCCGAGGAGAACAGACAGAGAGAGAACGAAGCAGCCAUCCAAAUACAGAGUUGUUUCAGGGGAUGUCAGGUGCGGGCCUACCUCAGUCACCUACACAGGAAGGCCACCAUUAUUCAGAAGAUAUGGCGAGGAUUCACAGCAAGGGCACAUUUCAGACAAAUGGUGAAGGCCGCAUAUUUUAUCAUGAAGAUGAAUUUCUACCACGAGAUGUCCGUCAGGAUACAGCAGAGGUGGAGAGGUUACUGCGUGAGGAAAUACAGCCAUAACUACUACGCACGCAAGAGAUACAUGGAGGGACUGGCCCGCAAAAACAAACAGAUCAGGAGGGAUCUGGAGGAGUUAUCAGAGUUCCAGACGAGAGAGAGGGAGCGUCUGGCCAUGGAGAGAGAAGAGGAGGAGAAGACUGUCCAGGCUCAGAGGAUGCACUUCCUACUCAGCACAAAGCAGUGCCCUGGAGUAUUCAACUCUCCAUUCAGACCUGGGCCAGAUGAGAUGGAGCUGAGGCUCCGGAGGACCAAGCCCCUGCCACCCAGAAACUUUCCCAGGGACAGAGCCUCUCUCCUGGGUAACACCAGCCCCUCAGCCCCCUCCUUUCCGGGAGUCCCUAGAGCCUUUGGAGCCAAGCCCCUGCCUCCCAUUCCCAGCAAGAAACCACAGGGUCCGUUCCGUGAGCCAGCGGAGGUGUGGGCUCAGAGACAGCGUGGUCUCGAGCCGUCUCUGAGAGUCCAGACCUCCAUCUCUGACCUGGAGCAGGCCCAGGACCAGCUACGCUCUGAAGAAUGGAGGAGCCGCACCAUGGAGACCAUGUUCCAGCCGUUCUCUAAGGCCCAUCAGAACAGGAGUUAUGAGAGGAUGCUCCACACCACCUCUUCCUUCCAGCCUGUCCCCUACGGGACCAAAUACUUCAGAGAGGAACACCAGGAGGACCUGCAGGGGAAACAGCCAUUCAAGACAGUCUUCACCACUUGUCAUGUGUUUGAUAAAUUUGGACGCCUCUACUCCAACGCUGGGAAGAUUGUAUGA